AUGGCUGUAUCUCAAGAAAAGAUAGCUGUCUACAACCUUGCAGACCUCAAGAACACUUCUGACGAUGCAAUUCCGAACUAUCUGAACUCUUUGAAGUUUAAGCAGUCACAUGGCCUCACCGAUGUGAGGUUAGCACUUGGAUACAGCGCCUUCCUAGUCGCUGCCGCCUGCUUCCUCUGGGACUAUAAGUUUGGAUUCGAGAGCACCAAGUACUACACUGCGGCUGCGGUAGUGCUAUACUCCAUUCUGAAUGGCGCUCUGACGCUCUGGAUCUGGGGCAAAGAGAAGGGAACUGUUUAUGUUGGAACAGCACCGUCUGGAGAGAGGAUCUCCAUUGCGACAACGACCAAGAAGAACGUCCCGAUUUACAAUCUCGCUAUCACCAUUACUCCAAAAUCCACAUCCGCCAAACCACAAACCUUAAAUAUUGCUCGUUCCUUCACCGAGUGGUUCGACGCGGCUGGUCAUUUUGUUGCUGCGCCAUUCCAGAAUAUGCUUGCUUCCUCCGUACCUGCGAUUGCGAGCUCGGAUUCCAAGAGAUUGCAGUCGCUAAAGUCGUCUGACAUCAAGCAAGGGACAACAUACAGUACGGAGAUGCUAGAUGCUGUGCUCGCCGCAAACGCUGGAGCGGAGUCAUCGGGGACACCAAAGAAAGGAGGCAAGCGUCGCAAGGCUUAG